UUUGCAGUGGCGACUUCAUCCCAAGAAGUGUCACCAGAGCCAGAAUUCGCAGAACCUAUUCCUAACGUCACCGUUUCAGUUGGAAGAGAUGUCAGUUUGCCAUGUGUUGUUGACAACUUAAGCACUUUUAGGGUUGCUUGGAUACAUACGAAUAGAUACACCCUCCUCACUCUUCAGAACAGAGUCAUCACACGAAACGCCAGGUAUAAAGUGACUCACAACAGCCAUCGGACAUGGUGGCUGCACAUCGCAGAUAUCCAGGAAAGAGAUAGGGGAGAAUAUAUGUGCCAGAUCAACACAUCACCAAUGAAAAGUCAAACUGGUUAUAUCGAAGUAGUAGUUCCUCCUCACAUCGAAGAAGAAGAAACCAGCUCUGACACGGAAGUCCGCGAAGGAAGUGACGUCAGUCUCCGUUGUGUCGCCAAAGGAUCUCCGAAUCCGGAAAUCACUUGGCGUAGAGAAGACAGCCAAGAGAUAACAAUUGGAAAGAAAAAAGUAACUUCAAUCAAAAGUCCCGAACUUAACAUCACAAAAGUUGGUCGAUUACAAAUGGGGGCCUAUUUAUGCAUAGCAUCUAAUGGAGUUCAACCAGCUGUCAGCAAACGGAUCGUUCUGAGCGUUAAUUUUGCGCCAAUGAUCUGGAUACCUAAUCAACUAGUUGGAGCACCCAUUGGAACAGACGUAACGUUAGACUGUAAUCUUGAAUCGUAUCCACAAUCAGUGACGUACUGGAACCGAGAAGGAGGUAUAAUGGUUCUUACCAAUGAAAAGUUCAAUAAUCAGCUUAUAACAAGUGGCUUAUAUAAAGUUACUAUGAGGUUAACAAUCAGAAAUCUAAAGCCUGAUGACUUUGCACCAUACACAUGUGUUGCUAAAAAUUCCUUAGGGGAAACUGAGGGAACUAUACGACUGUAUGAAAUACCACCCCCUUCAUCUCCAUCCACAUCUCAGAGUCCCGAACCACUACGCCCCAAAUCUGAGAAACUUCGCAAUGGUCUCCAUCAGAACAUCUUGACUAAAACAGAAGAAUCAGGCUCCACGGAAGUACAAUAUGGCUCUUCCCCAGGACUUAAUGCAAGCAGCUUCUCGAGCGAGAACUAUUUUCCCCCAACAAAUUCCAACACAGAGCCAGGAGCUGAAACUAAAUCUUCAGGAGUGGUAUUACUAACGACGAUGUACUUUGACAGUAUAUUAUAUUUCAUUGUGUGCCAAUAUUUUUAUCUAAGUGUGAUGUCAUGAUCAAAUACUUGUUGAUACCGAAAACAUCACUACAGGCAAAGCCGAAAUGUACUGACACUGCAGACUGGACUGCAAAUCUUGAUGAUGUCAAGUAUCAAAGCCAAAUUUCAGACUUUUUUCUGCCUCGUCUUAUUUCAGAUAAUCAGCAUGAAUAUAUACAUAUUAAUUGAGGAUAUAAGAGUGUCAAAUCCCGCUGUGCUGUUCGUGGAGUGUCUGACUUAAACAUUAUCGUGGUGAUAUGAUAUUGAUUGCUUAUGUAAAUUAUCUUUAUUGCCAAUUAUAUUACUAGAAGUGUAUUAUCGUCUAUACAUAUCGCAAGAACUUAUGGCUUGGUUUCAUGAUAAUUACUACAGACCCAUGUUCCCAAUAACCCGCGCUAAAUGAAAACAAUACAUUUGAUUUAGGCGCAACUGUGUCAUAAAUGUAGAUUCUCUUUGAUUUUCUUAUAAAAUGUCCUAUUUUGUUACUUUGUAUAUAUGUAAUUAAAUUUACAUUGUAUUGAACUGGUUUUGGAGUGCAAACAGGAAGGUAUGGUUUUCAGUAAAUAUCUAUACAAAGCUUACUUGUAGAUCAGUUUGAACUUAGACCUUUACUAUAAGAUGAUAAUAACUAAUUCAAUUACCUAUUUAGUGUAAUGAAUAAAACAACAUGACAACUAAGUGGUAUUCAUAAGAAAUACUAUGAUAGAUGAGUUAGAAAAGCACAAAAAUUUGCCAUUCAGUUUUGUAAAUUAAAAGUUUUGUUCAUUCAAACACCAGUUGCGCCUCGUACAUGUUUAUUUGUCCUUAAUAAUGAAAAACCAGAUCGUUAUCCUUUCGUACCUCGCAUUUGGUGGUGCUUCAUCCUACAGGGUUAUACGUGUUCUGCAAUCGACAAUAAGCUGUCAACUGCAAUGCAAAAAUAUUGUAUAUAACUAGUUAGGAGUAACAUGAACUGAAAUUUUGCUUCAUUGACAGCUUCAGCGCUUCAAGUUAAGCAAGAUUUUUUUUUUUUCAAAAUAUUGUUCUUCAAAGCAAGGUUGUAUUAAGUGGGAUGGUUAUGUUUUUUCCUGCGAUUAAAAAGAGAAUAAGUAAGUGCUUAUGUUAGUUAUUUAAAGAGAUUCAUUCAAUUUCUGUUAUCGUGCUGCAAUAUACCUUAAACAUUCCUUGCUUUUCAUACCGUGCAUUAUUUUACGAUGUUUCGUUAAACAACUCGUAAAAAUUUAUGGGUUUUUCUCGUAAAAAGUCCACAAAUAUUCAUUAAAUAAAGCAUGUGUUUUCCCAAACCUUAGUUAAAGUAUUAAUUUAAUAUUUAACAGCUGUUUGAUGAGUUUUAAUCAAAAAAGUUUUACAUUGAUAAUGUACUGAGGAAAUACGUACUGAGAUUUUAUUUCACAUAGAUGAAUGAUAAUGUAAGUAAUAAAGUAAUUUUAUCAAGCAUACAAAAUCCUCAGUUUUGAUUUUUUUCUAAUAAUACUUGAUACACUGAAAAACAACUAUAUUUAAAGAUAGUUUCUUAGGUAUGGAUUAAAGUAUUAAUUAGAUUAAGUAAAUCCCUUUUUUAAACUAUAAAUUAAAAGGAAACUCUUUGUUUUUUAAAUAAAUUACAUUUAACUUAUAUUUUAUGGUCACGAACACUCUACUUUAUG